UACCAAAGGAUGUCCUGCACUGUUUUCUAGUUUUGACAUUGACGUUUAAUAUGUCAAAUGUGGUUUCAAAAUCAAACGAGUGAAACAAAAGAAGAUACGAAUACAAACGGUUGAAUUUAGGGUAAAUUCACAAAACUUUUUAAUACGACAAUACGCUAAAGAACCUCGUAUGUUUAAGUUUUAAAAUAAUUAAAAGUACAGUUACUUAUAGGCAGUGAGACAUUUACAAAUUCUAAACUUUUCAAGAUGACAAGUAAACAUAAUGCGGAGACUUUAGAUGCACUGAAGCGCGAAAUAAAAACUCUACAAAAUAAUUGUCUCAACGUUUGUAAUAUAAUAGAAAACGCGCCUCCAGAAACGCCUUCUGCAAAUCAAGAUGAAAUAUCAGAUAAAUGCUUAUCCUACAUACAAGCACUUAAAACGGAAAUUGAAAAUCCAAACACGAUUAUCACUACAGAUGAGAAUUUACUAACCAGUCAGUUUCUAAAUGAAAUAAAAGAGAAAACAGGUCAGAUAGAAGAAUUAACAGCUUUCACGAAAGGUUCUAUUCGUGAUGUAGAUGAAGAAAUUAUGAGGUUAAAAAAUCAAAUCACUAUUGCACAAGAAGCCAUGUCAAAACCAAUACAAAAGUAUGGACAAGUAUCAUCAGAACAUGUAAAGAAUGCUAAAGAAAAGUUUUCACAAUUAAAGAGUGAAUUGCAUGGCUUAAUUUACUCCAUGUUUCCGAAUACCAGUGCUCUUAUUAUUGAGUUUAUGGGGCAAUUAAUGGCAGAAAGAUUAAAUCCAGCUUCCAGUGGAUACAUACAAAUAACUGCAGAGAAUUAUCAAAUUGCUGAAUUAUUGAAAGACACUAAUAUAAUAUCAACAAACCCGUACAAUAAAAUGGAAGUGAAACUUGCAUAUUAAAGUUCAUACCUAUUAAAUAAAUAUAACAUAAUGUACCUACCUAGGGAAAUAAAUUAUUCUUAUUUUAUAUAAUUGUAUAAAUAUUUUUAUGAAGUUUUUAUGAAAUAAAAAAUUGUGAACCAAAA